AUGCCAAAAAACGCUCUACUUCGAUCGGCGCGCCAGGUGGCCAUCUCGCGCGUCUUUGCCACGUCACGUGCCUCCCACGUGGUGUCGCACGCUCCGAUUCUGGCCUCGGUUCGACCCAGAUCAAACCCGGCGCCCUACAGGCGAAACUUUUCGUCCUCCAGAGCUCUCAGAAACGACUACGGAUUGGAUACGGCCGAGCGAAGUCUCAAGGAGAGUCUCGUGCCAUUCAAUGGUGCGCCCGUGGACCGAAAAGUGGUGCGGGAUCAAUUGAUGGAACUCAUCUCUGUGUCCCCCGGACAGGUGUUUCCCAUCUCCGUGAUCCCCGUGGUAAAAAGCGCCUACUACGAGCUGUUCCGGGAAAACGAACGGGUCCUGUCUGCGGGCGACACAAAGACGCUGUUUGGCGCCGUGGCCGGCAACAACCCAGAAGACGUGCAGGACCUACCAUUUGUUCUGGCGGUGUACCACCAGGCCGAGCAGGCUGCCGAGACGAAUCGGGACUCACGUGACAACAUUUUGCUGCUGGGCAAGUAUUUUCUGUUCCAGGACAGGCUCGACAACUUUUGGAAGCUGCUCGAGGCCCAGAUCAAAACCCAUGACGACGUGGACGCGGGUUUUGUGAAGCAGCUGCUGGAGUUGAUCUCCGUCGACCCUCAUCUGACUCUCGGCAAUGUCGCCCGAGUGCUCCAGCUCAAGACCGACAACCAUGUCUCCUCGUCGGACGAGCUGCGAAAUGCUCUCUCAGCCACCCUUGAACAGCUCUACUACAAGGAGAACGAAGGGUCCGAGUUUUUUCUCUCGCUGGUGGAGAACCACAUUCUAGAUUCCAAGGACUUUACUCCCUCUGACAGCGUUGUUGCCAUGAUUCUGAACACGUGUGUGAACGAAGGACGUGAGGAUCUGGGCCAGAGUGUGCUCCGAAACGUCGUAUCAAGGGUCGGUAAUCUUUCCCCCGGCCAGGAAGACCCUCAGAACUGCUGGGGUUUCUGGUCUUCGGUUGCCAUGGACCUGCACGGCUCCAAAACUGACGUCAAGGCUUUCAUUUCUCGUCUGGAAGCCCUUCCCCAUCGAACCAAGGCCACGUGGGACAUUUUGAUUCGAUACGCCGUCUUCAAGGCCGAUCUGGCGGGCCGAAACGAUCUUCUGCAGGUCAGAGCUCUGCUGGCGGAAAUGCAAAAGGUGGGGUUCGAACCAGAUGCCGAGACCUACUUUGACGCGUACCGAUCGUCCAAAUCCAUCAAACCCGACGUGGUCCACCUGUUUGAAGCCGAACUGGACAUUGAAAAAGAUACGUCCAUCUUUGCCAUCGAAAUGGACAAGGCGCUCAAGAACCACGACACUCUAGAAGCACUGUCCAUCUUCUACGAGUCGUUCGAACAGGGCGCUCAAUGGGAAAACAAACGGCUUCACAUGGAGGCCAUGACGGAGUUGCUGAUUCAGUAUGCGGGCUUGAACGACACUUCUGUGGCCGAUAUUCUGCAGCUGGUGCAGCGAAUCGAGCCCAUUUGUGCCCAGGGUCGAAUCCCCUACUCUGCCGAAACCGCCAUUGCCCAGAAUGUGCUUCAGCGGCACAGUGACACCGCCAAUUUCUACACGUUCAUGAACCGACAGUACGGCAACACCGCAGACAAGGUAACCAAGCAGGACCCCCAGAUCCGCCCUCACACCUACCAGGUCAUCCACGAUUACAUUUACAGCUGUGAGUCUGAGCGAGCAGAUCUGGCGUGGGAGAUGUACGGGCUGCUGCACAAGUUCUAUGUGGUUCCCUUUGCCGACUACUACAAGGCGAUCAAGUUUUUUGCCCAGGACGUGAAACGGCAGGAUUACGCACUUCUGACGUUCCAGCAAAUUCGAAAGAACCAUGAUCUGCACGGCCAGCCGGCAGCCACAUCGGAAAUGGUGGCUUUCCUGUUCCACGAGUUUGCCAAGACCAAGUACAAGCGGGGAAUCAAACGUUUGCACGAGGUGGUUGCUCUGGAAACGUCGUUUGAUGUCAACCGAGAUGUGUUGAACGAAAUGAUGGCGGCAUAUGUGUCUGUGGAGGAUCUGAAUCGAGUUCAGGACUGUUGGGCUCAGUUGCAGCAGCUUCCUCCUUCCAUUGGCGCUAACAACCGUUCGGUGGAUGUUCUUCUGAGCUACUUCAAAGACAACAUUCACUACACUGAGCGAACUUGGCAGGGUAUUCCUGAGUUUGGUCUGCUUCCCACCUUGGAGAACUACGAGCAGUAUUUGAUCAACAACUGUCGAACCGGCAACUACCGCCGAGCUCUCGAGAUCACCAAGAACAUGGAGAUUGACAGUGGUCUGAAGCCUACCGCGAAAAUCAUUGCCGCAGUGUACAACUACACGUUUACCGAGCAGCGCAAGCUGGAGGUGGAGCAGUGGGCGGAGAAGGCUCAUCCGGAAAUGUGGUUGGAGCUGAAGGAGGGCGACAAGCUGAAGAGCUUGUGUUUGCCGGCCAACAGCGACAACGAUAAUGUCGAGAGUUUGCUCAAGCAGGCGUCGGCUGAUAUGGACGAGGAGAUGAGUGGGGGCAUUGUCAAGGUGGAGAGCGUUUAG